GAGGAAGCGCAGCCGGGGCAGAGCGGCCCCGCAGCGGCCGGAGCCGCGCUCGGGGUGGGCAGUGCCUGACAAGGGGCAGGGACAUGGAUCGGGGAGUCACCGUGCAGAACCCCUACGCCAGCGUCAACAUCCCGCGGGAGCAGUUCCAGCAGAGCUUCAUCACUCGCUACCUGAGGGACGAGCCCACCGUCAUCGCCAACCCCGCGGCCGUGCCCUCCUACGGCACCGGGGGGCACACAGAGCUCGCCAAUGGCUGCAACAGCCCAGACAUCUCCACAGACAAGUCCUGGUCCCGUCCCUACAACCCCUACGGCAGCCUGAGGAUGCACAAUGGGGACUCGUCUGCCUCCUUCUACACCGUGAGCCUGGACAAGGCGCCCAAGGGCCAGGAGCAGGAGGCUGCCAGGAGAUGUGGCUGCUGCAGGUGCUGCUCCUGGUGCCCAAAGUGCUGCUGUGUCAUCUCCUAGGGGCCCUCCCUGCACACACAGGAUGUGUGACCAUGGCAUGGGGCCAGGCGACCCCACAGGGACAUGGCUGCUGGCCUGGGCACCCCUGGCAGAGCUGGCACUGCCUGGACUGACGUUGCUUUUUACUUGUGAACUCUGCAGCCAGAUGUGCUGGCGAUGGGCACCUGCCA